GGACUCUCUCUCUCUCUCACUCUCUUUCUAUUUAAGAGUCCUCAGUUUCCCGCGGCUUCGUGUCGAAUGUCUAUCCCAAUCUCUCUCUCUCUCAUCGAUGGCGGUUUCAAACGCUCUCUUCCCGAAAUCUCAGUUUCUUUGAAAAAUCCAAGCUUCUGAUACUCUAAAUCUCUUCUCCUUCUUCAUCUGCUGUCUCUCAGCUCCCUUUCAAGAGGAUGGAUGGAGUGAAGAAGGAAACGGAUGCGGAGGUGGUAAAUGAAGGUGCCAUGGCUUCGAAUUCAUCGGUUUCUGAGAGCAGCAUUGACACUGUUCUUCCCAAGAUUUCUUCUAUUCCAGGAAGGACCACUGGGCCUACUAGGCGAUCAACGAAGGGAGGAUGGACAGAGAUGGAGGAUGAUGCUUUAACCAAAGCGGUUAAAAUUCACAAUGCGAAGAACUGGAAGAAAAUAGCCGAAUCUUUCCCCGGUCGCUCAGAUGUUCAGUGCCUGCAUCGUUGGCAGAAGGUUCUCAAUCCAGAUCUAAUUAAAGGACCUUGGACCAAGGAGGAAGAUGACUGUAUUAUCGAGCUUGUUGAAAAGUAUGGUUGUAAGAAGUGGUCUGUUAUAGCGCAGUCCUUGCCGGGCCGCAUAGGCAAGCAAUGUCGAGAAAGGUGGCACAACCAUUUGAAUCCUGCUAUAAAGAAAGAUGCAUGGACAAAGGAAGAGGAGGUGAUUCUUAUUCGUGCCCACCAAACAUAUGGGAAUAAAUGGGCAGAGAUUGCAAGGUUUCUACCUGGAAGGGCAGACAACUCAAUAAAGAAUCACUGGAACUGCUCAGUGAAGAAGAGAUUGGAUUCAUAUUUAACUCCUGGGUUACUCGGCCAGCUACCUGGAAGUGGUGCUUUGGAUCUCUACAAUCAUGUAAAAGAAGAGAAAAAUGUAGUAGAUGAAAUUGGACAGCAAAAUACUGCUUCAAUAAUUUCUCUUGAUCAGAAACCAUACCUAAAAUUUGGUGCUGAAACUUGUUCACUAGUUUCAGCCCUUGGAAAUGAAAGUGGGAGCGAGCAGCAUUCAGAUAAUGAACGUCGUCAGAUGGAAAUUUCAAAAUGUUUAAAAUUGGAGGUAAAUGAUCUGGUGAAGUCAAAGAAUGCAACCCCACAUGAUAGAAAUGCCACUUUACUUUUGUAUGGUCCAGUCAGUGUGAUUCGAGGAGAUGGUGCUGAUACUUCAAAUGAUUGGCAUGUUACUGCUGCUUUGCAGUCCAAGUCAUCCCCUUCAUUGGGUGAUGGGGAGUCCCUACAUUCACAGGUGCAUGAUCUUGAGCCUGCUGACAUUACAAAUACCAACCUUUCUCUUGGACCUCCUGGACACAUUAUUUCAGUAUCCUAUUCUCCGUCUUUGGACCUUGGAACCAAUGUUCCUGUAGGAUCAACUAUCUGCAGUAACAAGAAAAGAAACUCUUCUGAGAUGGUUCCUUCGGUUGCUACCAAGGAAAUGCUUGAUUCUUGUGUAACUCUACGACAGUAUGCAACUGCAAGAAAUAGCUUGGCUGAUCUAGCUAUGAGACUCAGUUGCGAAGCUACCAACACCAGCACUUCAAACUCACCAGAAUGUGAGUUUGGCAAUAAUCUUGAAACUAGUAUUAACAAAAGCCCUGGCACACCAUCACGUAUAAAAAAUGCAACUUUUGGUGCCUUAUGUUAUGAGCCACCACAGCUGACAACUUUGGAUGCUUCCAUUGGUAAUGGACAAUUUGCAAAUGACAAAAGGUACAUCCAACAGGCACAAAGUCCAGUUUCCUUUUCUACUCCACAGUACCAUCCACAAAGUAAAUCUGGGAGUGGAAACAGCCCCGAAUCCAUACUAAGGAGCGCAGCAAGGAGUUUUAAAAACACCCCAUCUAUUCUACGAAAACGAGUCCGUGAAACUUUGAGACUGUUACCUGCAGAAACUUGUCAGAAAGCUGCUCUUAUUGGAAGCAAUAACGAUGUUGUUUGCACUCCUGAAGCAAGGGAUCAAAGUUAUGAUAACAUCUCAGGAUCUGCAUGUUCAUGUCUUCAUGGGAGCUCGGAGGAUCGCAACUUCACUGAGGUUCUCAAUGUCAAGCGGCUUUUCCCUUCUCCUCCUCAGUCUUUGAAAACGAAAAGUGCCACCACUGCCGCGAAAUCCUUAGAAAAACGUUUGGAACAUGCAUUUGAUUUGGAAUGGGCCAAUGCCAGCACCAAAUAUAACACCUCAACUACUGCAAGUGAUCCUUCUAAUGCUGUUCCCAGUGCAACAGCAGCAUUUAUGUCUUUGGACAAGUCAGACGAUUCUCGAGCGAGAUUAAAAAGGCAGAAAUUUAUGAUGCUUGGUUCCAGUGUCAACUGCAGUACAUGACUCAAAUUCAUACAGGUGAAGGAACUCAAGAUAGCAAAAAUGAACAAGGCAUCAUGCCCCUUACCCAAACUAAAAAUUACAUGGGGAAGGGAAAUUCAACAAGAAGAGGCAAUUGUAUAGUUCUACAAUACCAAUGAGGUGGGAAGUUUCAUUUUCCUCUAUAAAAUCUUUUUCUUUUUUCCUUUUUGUUAGGGUGCAUUUGGUAGCACGAAAGCCUAGAGAUGGUAUUGAUUUGUAAAAAAUAUAGGGACAUAAAAUAAGGUGCAAAAUGUUCCUGUUUGCUUGCUUGUGAUAUAUAACCAUAAAUGGCAAGCGUAUUUCUGUUAGAUAGAUGAAAUAGAGAGAGAGGUUACUGCGGUA